GGGGUGUGAUGGUGUCACAGCAGACACACCAAAUUAAGGGAAAUGGUAAGAAAACCACCAAAACUUCCCAUUUUAAACUCAGCUCAUAGAUUUUAGCAGCAGGGAGAGGAAGUGCCGGGAUUUGGCCUCCAAAUUCCCCACAUCUGUGAGGUCACUGGGGGCAGAGCAUCAGCACUGUUGGGUUUGGGGUGAUUUCUGCAAAUCUGGGGUUAGAGACUCGGCUUUGCCCUUUCAGGGCACUCCCAAAUCUCCCCAUCCGGGUGUGUUUCAGGGCUGAAGGAUCUCCUGCAUCCCACCUGUCCCCCUUGUGUCCCCCUGAGGGCUGUCACCAAAGCCAUCCUGCCAGGACGGGGGUCUCUGGGGCAGGGACAGCACGAUUCGGGCAGUUUUGGGUCUGCGGGAUCAGCCAGGAGGGAUUCAGCUUGUCAGUCAGCAAGGAUGGACAAACAGGGUGCGCUGGCCCUUUAAGGCGGAGGUGCGCUGGCCCUUUAACCCGUGAACAGGUGCGGCGGGGGUCUGUGUGUGUGAGACCGGUGGCGGCUGAGCGACGGCUCGAAGAACCAAUGGGAAAGCAGAAUGGGCUGGACAGACCAAUGAGCGGAGCGGCCGAGGGAGGAGGCGGGCCCUCGGGCUCCUUAGUGCUGCGGUGUCUGUAGGCUCAGGAGCCGGUUCGGUUUCGUUCGGCUCCAUUCGGCCUGGUUCGGCUUCGUUCGGCUCCAUUCGGCCUAGUUCGGCUCCGUUCGGCUCGGCUCGAUUCCGUUCGGUCCGGUUCAGCUUCCCUCGGCUCGGCCAUGGAGAGUACGGAGGAGGGGUGCACGGUGUCCCCCGAGGAGGAUUUCUCCUUCGUGAGCCCCAUAGUGAAGUUCGUGCUCUUCUUCUUCAACAUGCUCUUCUGGGUGAUCUCCAUGGUGAUGGUGGCAGUGGGAGUCUAUGCCUGGCUGCUGAAGCACGCAGAGGCGACCAUGGCGUGCCUGGUGGUGGACCCCGCCAUCCUCCUCAUCGUGGUCGGCGUCCUCACCUUCCUCAUUGCCUUCUGUGGUUGCAUUGGCUCCUUACGGGAGAACAUCAUCCUGCUGCAGGCGUUCUCUAUCUGCCUGGCCAUCAUCUUCCUCCUGCAGCUGGUCGCUGGCGUGCUGGGAUUUGUCUUCUCCGAUAAGGCACGCGGGAAGGUCAGCGAGAUCAUCAAUGGUGCCAUCAUGCACUACCGGGAUGACCUGGACCUGCAGAACCUCAUUGACUUUGGGCAGAAGGAGUUCAGCUGCUGUGGGGGUGUCUCCUACAAGGACUGGUCCCAGAACAUGUACUUCAACUGCACCAUGGACAACCCCAGCCGGGAGCGCUGCUCUGUCCCCUUCUCCUGCUGCCUGCCGGAUGAUGACGAGGUUGUCAUCAACACCAUGUGUGGACAUGGCAUACAGGCCAUGGGCUACGUGGAGGCCAGCGCUGUCAUCUACACCCAUGGCUGCAUCGACAGCUUGGUCAACUGGAUCAACAGGAACCUCUUCCUGCUGGGGGGCAUUGCGCUGGGGCUGGCAGCCCCACAGCUGGUGGGCAUCCUGCUGGCUCAGAUCCUUAUCAACCAGAUCAGAGACCAGAUCAAGCUGCAGCUCUACAACCAGCAGCACCGGGCAGACCCCUUGUACUGAUCCUGGUGCAUCGCAGUGUCUGUCCCCACCGGGACUUCCAUAGGAUCCAUAGGAAGAGCUGAAGGGACUUUGCUGGAGAAGAGGAAGGUUGGAGCUCUGGAUGCUGGAUCUGUGCACUGUGGCCAGGCUUUCCUGGGACGUACCAAGCUGCCGUGCCCUGUUUAGGGGACGAGACUGCUGUCUGUCUGUCUGUCCCAGGGGACUCCAAGCUGGUGUUCCUAUUGUGCUUGAAGCACUGGGAUGUGCUUCCCAUCUCCCGUGCCCUCUGGAGGUGGGCAGUUGCCUGUCUGUCCGUCCAUGCCCUGAGCUGCCUUUAGCCAGGUCAGUGCUGGCUCCAGAACUGGGGAAGUUCUU